GGAGCCCAGACAGGGCUUUUGUAAUCAAAACAUGAUCUUGUAUGCUGUGCAGCCAGUACUGAGAAAGGCCGUCUGAUGGCUCUCCUCUUUUAGCUCUGCUGUGGAAUCCGCCAAGCUUCACCUCUGAUGUCCAAAAUGCACCGAUCUGUGAGUGCCGCCUUUGUUGAUGCCACUGUGGAUGAUGCAGUGUUGCGGAAAAAAGAACAAAAAGAUGUCGAACUGGAUAAGAAAAUCAUAGCUUUGCGGAAAAAGAACGAAGCCCUUAUGCGAAGAUAUCAUGAAAUAGAAGAGGACAGGAAGCGAGCAGAGCAGGAGGGAAUGGCUGUCAUGUCGAGGAAAGCCAGGCCAGACGGCCUCACCAUCACCAUCACCAAAGCCCAUAAUGAGAAAAGAGUUGUGAGUGAGAAAUGGGGAAGCAGCGGCCCUCCUGCCUCCAGUUUUGGGAUUGGAAGUGAGGAGGAGGAAGAUGACGAGGAAUCUGAUCACUUGUUUACAUUCAGGAUGGGGAAGAGGGUUCAGUUGGCUGUGACCAUGGACAAUAAAGCCAAGGGAAAGCGGGUUGUGAGUGAAAAACGGGGAUCAGAGUGUCUUGUGAGCCCAGGGGAAGCCCCAGACAUCAGUGAAGAAGAGAUUGAUCAGUUGGUUGCUUUCCGCAGGGGAAGAAGGAUGCAGAUUGCUAUUACAAUGGACAACAAAGGCAGGGUGGAUGAAAAGAGAACGGUGGAGAGGAGGUGGUCAGAGGGUGACAAACAUUCAGAGAAUGUGCUUGUCAGAAAGGAGAGAGGAAAAUCUCCCCAGAAGAGCCCAGGGGAUAAGGGCUCUACCCUGACCGGGAGAGAGCGGUCGGAAUACAUGCGGUGGAAGAAGGAACGGGAACAGAUUGACCUGGAGCGACUGGCACGCCACAAGAACGCAAGGGGGGAAUGGCGGCGGGCUUGGGACACAGAAAAAUCAGAGCACAUGUUUGAUGAUACUAAAGAUGGAGAGCCAGCUUUGGAUUGUGUCCACAACAAGAAAGGAGGAAGAAAUGCGAGGAAGUCCCAGCACCGAUCCUUGCCUUCUGAAGGAAAAAGUGGAGGUCAGCACAGAAGAAGCACCAGUGAGUCUGCUGCCAGAACAUUGCCAGUAGUGAGCAGUAAAGCCAGAGGGAAGGACAGACUAACAGGCAGAGCCAGAAGAUGGGAUGCCAAGGAAGGUGAAGAAAUGCCCUUUGUAAAGGAUGAACCUGAUAAGCAGAGAUCCUUGAGCAACGAGCAACUGAAAAAGCAAGCUCUGGCUAGCGAAGCAGUCAAAGAGCAUAACUUCCCAGCAGGCCUAGAGAAUAAUAUAAAGCCCCCAGAACACAGUGCUCCCUUGCCUCAAGCCCAAAGAGAUGAAUGGAACCAAUCUGCAGGUGAAGAGCAGGGUGAAAAUGAAAAAGCCAGGAUGUGCCUAACCCAGGGCAUGUCUCCCGCAAUCAGAGCGGAUGAGACUGGGGCAGAUUUCAAACUCAGUAAGUCAGUAACUGGGACUGAUUUGUCUCCCAAGGGCAACUAUAUGAAUAGCAGCUCUUCUCAGGGAGUGCCUGGGAAUGUGGUGCAGACUUCUGGGUGCGACCUUCAAGAAAUCAAUUCCAUAGUCUAUGAAGGUGGCUUAGACAAAAGUGCGUAUUGUGAACGGAACCCUUGUAGGGAGCAAGCAGGAAACAGUAGUGAGCUGUUGAGCAAGGAAGGAGGAGGUGGUGAAGACCAAGGGCUGAUCACAGUAGGACAAGGAGAAGAGAACCAAGUUGGUGGCCUCCAGAAGGAGAUAAUACCUGUGAAAGAAAGUGACACUGCAGCCUGCCUUGUUCAAACGGAGGAGUCCAGGCCUCCAUGUAAAGAAAUUCCAGACCCGACGAAUGAAUAUGUACAGGAAGGGGCACAAAUGAGGAACAAGGAAGAAGACCAACCUCAGUCGUGCAGUAACAAAGCACAGGAUUAAGACUGAACACACAGGGCUCCGUAGAGGCCAAAGGACAACUUGCUAAAGCAAAUCUGGUUGCAAAAGAAGAUGAGCACAAUCUCCCCCUCUGUCACUGACCUACAGCACCUGACCUUCAGCUCCCAGCGGCGCCUCCCCCUGCAGGUGUGUUUACCUGUCUAGAAGCCACUUGCGCCCUGAAAUUGUCUACUCAGUGCCGAAGGACAGAAAAGGCCUACUUACAAGCAGCCUCCUGAGGAGAAAGGAAAGGAAAUCAUGGCACUUGUAUUUUGUACCUAACUCCCCCCCCUACCCUUUAUAUUGUGGGCAUGUGAUGGGCCAUGAGUUGUCUACUGUAUGCACUUUAUUUUACUGAAUAACUAAUGAUAUUUAUAAGUUGGGUUUGCUUUGAAGAUAAUUCCCCUUAUUUUUUCUCCUCAAUACUGGCCAACGGAUCUACUCUUUUGUUGCUUCCAAAACCAAGUGGCAAACUUUACAGAGCCUCUGGCUGGGCUUGAGUUUUAUGGAUGUUCGGCCAGUUAGAGACAAUGAAGAAGAAACCAUUUUCUUAACAAUAAAGGUGGCUGAGGAGAUAGUAGAUCCAGCAGCCAGGAAGACUGUGUUGUGGCUUUGCACAAGUGUGGCAGAAUGAUGAGAAGGGACCAGUGGUGUCACAGGUUCCACACAACUGAUGGCUACAAGUUCAUUGAGGUUUCUGUAGAAUGCUUUCUCUCUUUAACCUUCCUGGUUUUGAACCUGUGACUAUCAUUAACUUCCUCGUUUAAUACAGGAAACAGUAAUCCCUUCCUAAGUAUUUUGGCUCUAAGAGGAGGCAGCUCCUCGCUGCUGCCUGUUCCCUUGGCCUCUCCCUUUGAGGCUAGAGGGAAAGUUGAUGGUCAUAUGUGUAUGAAGGAAACAGGCAAAUCGUUAUCAUUCCCAAUAGCAAAACAUCCAGACUGAACUUGAUUUUGGCUUCACAUUCGUUAUCAUUCCCAAUAGCAAAACAUCCAGACUGAACUCCUUGAUUUUGGCUUCACUCCCAAAUCAAAACAUGGUGGAAGAGAAACCAGAUGUGCAAAAACAUACGUUUGUUUGUUUGUUUUUUGUAUGUGGUUAUGUUGUAAAUGGCUGUGAUGUUAGAGCAGAGAUGAACGGAAUCCAAAAAGUAAUGUUGGCACCUCCUGUGAAAGCACUGAAAGGUUUGGGGGAUUGCAAACAGAAGUACUAGGCGGACCAGACAGCACCGAGAUAUGACUGUGCCAGUUGCGUGUCAUUUCAGUUGCUUGCUGGCCUGCAGGAUUCCCUGUACCUGGGAAAUGGUAUUGCAGCAUAAUUCCAUAAAGCAAAACAAAGUUUUUGCAAAGCAUUGUCUCCUCACUUAUAGGAUAUGAUAGGAGCCAAUUGCAGUUGAGCACCAGGGUUUUGUGAAACAAUCUAGCUAUGUGUGAGAAAUGGCCGGCAGAGGCGACUCCAAGCCCAGCAGCAAAUGUCUGCAUUAUGGAUUGGCUCCCUAAAAAUGCAAUGGGCACAAUCCAGGGGGACCUGACUCCAGAUCAAUUUUUAACUUGCUCCUAAGUGAUCUGGAGUAAGGAGUGAGCAGGGAGAUGACGAAGUUUGCUGACAGCACCAAUUUUUGUGCAAGGCAGUAAAAACAAAAAGGGAUUGCGAGGAGCUCCAGAAGAAUUUGUCUGACCUGGGUAAAUGUGCAUUAAAAUGGCAAAUCUGGUUCAACGUAAGCAAGUGUAAAGUGAUGCAUACUGAUUGGGGGGGGGUUCCUAAUUUUACAUACGUUUUGGCAGGGCCCAAGGAAAAGGAAACUAAGGGGAGAAAGAUGUAAGUUAUGGUGGAUUGUGCAAUGAAGAUGUUGACCCAGUUCACAGCAGCUGUGAAAAGGUGACAUCCAUGCUGGGGACAACUGGGGAAGGGGUUGAAAAUAAAACUGCCAGUAUUGCAAUGUCAAACUAUUUUAUAAUGGGGCCCGCUUGGAAUACUCUGCAUAGUUCUGGCCCCACAUCUCAAAGAGGAUAUUGCAGAGCUGGAAAAGGGCAACUAAAAUUAUAUUAGUGCUGAAACCCCUCCAUGGAACCGGGGCUUUUAAAUUUGGUAAAAAGGAAAGUAAGGCAGGCAGGGUAGGAUAGUUUUAUAAAAAUACGCAUUGUGUUCAGAAAGUGGGUGUAAGUUUUUCCUCCCACUUUCAUAACACUAGAACUCAGACGCAUCCACUAAGGCAAAAUGAUGGGAGAUUCAGAACAGACAAAAGGAAGUGCAGCACAAAGUUAACCUAAGGAAUCUACUACUAACAGAUGUGGCAACGGCAAUCAAAUUAGAUAGUUUUGAAAGGAGAAGGGAUUUAAUUUGUGACAAUUUAAUAUGAAAGAUGCCAUUAUUAUAUAAAGUAAAUUAAUAGAUUAAGUGUUAUUCAGGGUGUGUGUGGAUGCUGUUUGCGUCUGAUAGGUCAGAAGAGAACGCCAUGUUGUGGGCACAGCAGUCAUAUGGGACUUACACAACAGUGUAUCCCUGAUGCACUGGUAAGGAGUAAAACACAAUAUUAAUUCUCUUUCACUAGAUCGAUUCUAAAAGGUAAUGUUCAAGUGUGCAGAAUUACACACAACUUACACCCAGUUGAAAUUCCAUCUUUCAAGGGAGCAUGAUAGACACAAGCUUUCUCUAAUUUUUGCUGGGUUAAAGAGGUAUCGGCACCAGAAAUCUGUCACAUUAGAAUUGUUCUCCCCGUGAUGCCAGCAUUCAGAAAAGACGUACCUGCUAGAACAUCCUUACCUCCAGCAGACCUAUUGUUAUUUAUGACCACUAUGUGGCUGGGGAGAGAGGUUGCAAAAGAAGGGCUCUGCAAUUUUUUUGCAAGAGAUGUCUGGACGUCCAUAGCUAUCCCGUGACCCAGUAUUUUCAGUGAAGCAAAGCAGCAUAUCUGGAGUAUGCAUGCAGAGAUAUUUGCUUGGCUUCUCAGCAACAAACUCUUACUAGCCCUAAUAGUAAUUGUGCUUUACUUUUGUCCAGAAUAAUGAGAAGCAUUGCAUUUGGUAUUAUUCAACUAGCAAAUGUGUUUUGGUUUUCCCACUUACUCAAAUGGAAAGCACUCAGAUGGCUUCUAUUCUGGAGAAUCCGCAAUCUGUUCAGGAGGGGUUUGCAGCCCCCAUAGGCACCCUGUUAGCAAGAAAGCAGAAAGUGUUGUGCAAUUAGCAUGUGCUUCAGUAAAAAUAAUAGUUUGAAUUUGUGAGAGCCAACACUGGCCUCCUUUGGAAACAAACAGAUCAAAUGCGUCAUGAUAAAUGAUUUUUAGGUUUGAAAGUUCUUAACCUGAACAGAUUUGAUUCCUAUGUCCCAUAACACUCAGCAUUGAUUAUUGACACAUUACCAGAUUAUGAACUUGAAACUUAAAAAAAACAAAAAAAACCCACUUUUCACCAUGUAGGGCACAUGGUAUGACUGAAAGAAAAAUAAGCACAAUCCUCAUUGAUUUUCAGUGGGGCUGCAACACACAUAAAUGCUUUUUGUAUGUAUCGGUUGUUAGAAAAUGAAUUUGUUUAUAUAUCACUUAACAUAAUUUUGAGCAGGAUUUCCACCUGUUGUUCUUCCAGUACAAUCGUGAGUCAUCUUAAUAGUGAAGUAUGGAAAACUUGAAUUGCUAGGUUGCCUCGUUGGCAAAAGAGAGAGAGAGAGAGAGAGAGAGAGAGAGAGAGAGAGAGAGAGAGAGAGAGAGAGCUAUUCUCAA